GCAUGCAUGGGUCAAUCCGCUGGUCACUUCCAAAAAUGGGAGCGUCUGUCUUUCCCACUCCUGCUGAAAUUAAUAAUGGAGGUUUUGAUGAGUAACUCUAGGGAGAAACAACAAGAAGAAGAGAAAGAAGAAGAAGAAGUAGAGAGGGGAGAGGAGGUUAUUGAUCAUGAGAUCCUCAAGAGAAGAAUCUCCACCCAUCCUUCUUAUGGUUUGUUGGUUGAGGCUCACUUGGGGUGUUUGAAGGUUGGUGACAAUGGGGAAUUGGAGAGUUAUAAUCACGCUAGAGAUGAUGAGAAGCAACAAGAAAACAUCCCCAGCUUAGGCAUGGCUAGUCGAUCUGAGCUAGAUCACUUCAUGGAAGCAUAUUGCUUAGCAUUACGCAAGCUGAAAGAAGCAAUGGAGGAACCUCAACAAAAAUCCAUGGCUUUCAUCAAUAACAUGCAUUCACAACUUCAGGAGCUCACAGGGACUCAUCAUCCAGGACCUGCAGACCUUCCUGCCACCAGUUCUGCAGAAUAAACCUGCAGCUAAUUGUGCAGCUAAUGCCACUUCUUUGGUUGCUUUAGAUGCUUCAGUGACAUGAAUUAGUAUUAAGACAAGACUUAGCAUCAAGAUGACAAUAUUAUUCAACUGCUGGGGCAUUCACAUCAGAGCACCAAUCUGCAAUAUCACUAGAAAUCUAUACCAUUUUCCUUAAGAUGUUUUUGUUUUUAUGACUCUAGCUAGUACUAUUAUAUGACUUUGAACUUCUAAUCUUGUUGACCUAACAAGUAGCUGUUUCAUAAAUGAUGAGUACUGUUGCCAGGUUUUAAUGUGUCUUGAUGCAAACAUAUAAAUCAGACGAUUAAGGUUUAAGUUUUUGUAAUAAGUGGUGG